GGACCGGAGUUUUGGUAGGACGAGAUCCAGAAGGAGGCACAGCUGGAUGAAGAAGGACAAUUUCUUGUCAGAAUAAUUUACGAUGAUUCCAAGACCUAUGAUCUGGUUGCAGCUGCAAGCAAGGUCCUUAAUCUAAAUGCUGGGGAAAUUCUUCAAAUGUUUGGGAAGAUGUUUUUUGUGUUUUGUCAAGAAUCUGGUUAUGAUACAAUUCUACGUGUCUUGGGCUCGAAUGUGAGAGAGUUUUUGCAGAAUCUGGACGCUUUGCAUGACCACCUUGCUACAAUUUACCCGGGUAUGCGAGCCCCUUCUUUCAGAUGCACUGAUGCAGAGAAGGGGAAGGGACUCAUUCUGCAUUACUAUUCAGAAAGAGAAGGUCUCCAGGAUAUUGUCAUUGGAAUAAUCAAAACAGUAGCUCAACAGAUCCACGGUACAGAAAUAGAUAUGAAGGUUAUUCAACAGAGAAAUGAGGAAUGUGACCACAUUCAGUUUUUAAUAGAAGAGAAGGAGUCUAAAGAAGAGGACUACUAUGAAGACCUUGACAGAUUUGAAGAAAAUGGUACCCAAGAGUCUCGCAUCAGUCCCUAUACUUUUUGCAAGGCCUUUCCUUUCCAUAUAAUAUUUGACAGAGAUCUGGUGGUCACGCAGUGUGGCAAUGCUAUAUACAGAGUCCUUCCACAGCUGCAACCAGGAAAUUGCAGUCUGUUGUCAGUUUUCUCCUUGGUCCGGCCUCAUAUUGAUAUUAGUUUCCAUGGGAUCCUCUCACAUAUCAAUACUGUCUUUGUACUGAGGACCAAGGAGGGACUGUUGGAUGUGGAAAAGCUGGAGUGUGAAGAUGAAUUGACCGGCACAGAAAUCAGCUGCUUACGCCUGAAAGGGCAAAUGAUCUAUUUGCCUGAAGCAGACAGCAUUCUCUUUCUUUGUUCGCCAAGUGUGAUGAACUUGGAUGAUUUAACCAGAAGAGGUUUAUAUCUGAGUGAUAUUCCCUUGCAUGAUGCUACCCGUGAUCUAGUUCUUCUGGGAGAGCAGUUCAGAGAAGAAUAUAAAUUGACUCAAGAGCUCGAAAUCCUCACUGACAGACUGCAGCACACACUGCGUGCACUGGAAGAUGAAAAGAAGAAGACAGACACAUUACUGUACUCUGUUCUACCACCAUCAGUGGCAAAUGAGCUGAGACACAAGCGUCCUGUUCCAGCUAAGCGGUAUGACAAUGUGACCAUUCUUUUCAGUGGCAUUGUUGGAUUCAAUGCCUUCUGUAGUAAACAUGCCUCUGGAGAGGGAGCUAUGAAGAUUGUUAACCUUUUAAAUGAUCUUUACACAAGAUUUGAUAUUCUGACUGAUUCACGAAGGAAUCCAUUUGUUUAUAAGGUGGAAACAGUUGGGGACAAGUAUAUGACAGUGAGUGGUCUACCAGAGCCUUGCAUUCAUCAUGCACGAUCUAUCUGCCACCUGGCAUUGGAUAUGAUGGAAAUAGCAGGCCAAGUUCAAGUAGAUGGUGAGCCUGUGCAGAUAACAAUAGGAAUCCAUACUGGUGAGGUAGUUACAGGUGUCAUAGGCCAAAGGAUGCCACGUUACUGUCUCUUUGGAAAUACUGUCAAUCUAACAAGCAGAACAGAAACUACUGGAGAAAAGGGAAAGAUCAAUGUCUCUGAAUAUACUUACAGGUGUCUUAUGACACCAGAAAAUUCAGAUCCUCAGUUCCACCUGGAGUACAGGGGUCCAGUUUCUAUGAAGGGUAAAAAAGAACCAAUGCAGGUUUGGUUUUUGUCCAGAAAGAGUACAGAGACAGAGGAAACAAACCAAGAUGCUUUCUGAGCUGAGGGAAGAGGAAGAGGACGCUGGAUAGGGUGCAGUGCUGUCUCCAAAUAGGGUGCCAGGCAGUAAGGUUGAGUUACAGGUGUUAUUUCACAUCCUAUCUCCCAUUGCCAUGUGCAGUAUCAUUGUCUUUUGCCCUACUCCUGAAAUCAUACUCACCCUUUUUCUCCAGGCUCGCUUGCUAUUUUUUUUUCCUUAAUGUUCAGUAUUGUUAUAUCUCUGCUAUGAGCAUGUAUUUCAGGCUUUCCUUUUUUUAAUAUGCAUUUUUGCACGUUAGUCAUGUGGCCUUUCCUACCAUUAGAUAAUAUUGAAUAAAAUUUUGUAGCAUGCACACUACCACUAACCACUUCAAUCCAAUGCUUCACCUCUUCAUCUUCAUCUCUGAAGUAUAGUGGUUACAUGAAUCAGUGACAUUUCUGGAAAGAUAGAUAUUUCAGUUGUUGGCCAGAACAAUGAACCUAAAGAACUCUUUUUAAAAAUAAUACCUAAAGCAGCAUUAUGAAAAUUAUUGUACAAAUGUUAUUUAUCAGAUUUAGUUCUGCUAUUGCCAUGCUUCCCAUUCAUUUUGUGAAUAACUAUUAAUGCACUGUAAAUU